GGUCUCGUCCGGCGUUCCGGAAGUGAGAGAGAGAGAGAGAGUGUGAGUGUGUGUGUGUUUAAACAUGAACACGCACUAUGACACCGUAUUUAAAAAACCCCCAUGUAAUUUGCAUAUAAAAGGAAGUUUGUAAACAUUGAUCAGAAGCUACGUAGUAAGAUCCUGUUCUAUCCCUUUGUACAACUUUGUAAUAAUAACCUUAUUAGAAAGGAAUAUAUAAUAGAUAGCAGGUGGAACCCCCUCAAUAUCUGGUUAUCCCUGCCUGUGAAUUGUGUGAUAAUAGCCACGAGGUGCCAGUUACAGGGCACAGGUACAAUUUAGACCCGUGGGCCAUGACCUGUUCACGAAGAAAGAUAACCAACACGAUGGCGGCCCGACCCCUGUGCAGCGACACAUUCUGGUAGUGGCUUAGUUGGAUGAGCUUGUGUGUGCAGCAGUGGCCCGGGGCGGUUCUCUUUCUCGGUGUUGUGUGUGAAGCGCUGAGUCAGUGUGCCGGACCCGGAGUAAGAGGACACGGAGCCGGCAGCAUGGUGCAGGCCUGGUAUAUGGAUGACUCGGAGGAGGACCAGAGGAAGCCUCAUCGGCUGCGGCCGGAGCUCCCGGUGUCAGUGGAGGAGCUGCGGGCGCUGGGGGUGCACUCCUACCAGUUGGACGCUGAUAACUACGAGGCUGACCCAGAGCUGUCCAAGAUUCGGAAAGAAAACAAUUACUCUUGGAUGGAUAUAAUCACUAUACACAAAGACACGCUGCCCAAUUAUGAGCAGAAGCUGAAAAUGUUUUAUGAGGAGCACUUGCACCAGGACGACGAGAUCCGCUACAUCCUAGAGGGGAGCGGUUACUUUGACGUGCGAGACAAGGAGAACCGAUGGAUCAGGAUAUUUAUGCAGAAAGGAGACAUGAUAACUCUCCCGGCCGGCAUCUACCAUCGCUUUACACUGGACGAAAAUAACUACAUCAAGGCAAUGAGACUGUUUGUUGGGGAACCCGUCUGGACACCGUACAACCGCCCUGCGGACAACUAUGAAGCUCGGGCAAAAUAUCUACACUUUUUGACCCAGACGGCUUAAGUCUAUAAUAAUAUUUUCUAUCUUUAAUACUGUGAUUAAACAAUAUGGUUCUACAAUCAAUACAAGGAUGUUCCCUAGAAUAUAAAUCAGAAGCCCUUUAAAAUUACGGUUAAAAAUAAAUAUAUAUAUAUAUACACACACACACACACACACACACACACACACACACAGUUAAUCACUGACAGAUCUGUAAUGUCCCCAGACAAAAAAAGUGACAGCAAUAUACCGCUGUUUAUUAUGUCUGGUAAUCACCUACAUGAAAUGGAGGCAGCCAUUUUGCGGGCUAUACCAUUGUGCAGUCUAUCUAAUUAAAAGCAGGAAAACUAAAAUAAAAAACCCUGUGGAGUGGGUUUUAUCCACAGCUGUGAGAUUAUCCUAUUCAAUUAGAGGAAAGUGAAAAUCACCUCAUAUUUUUUUUCCCCACGCAUUCCCAGAGCAAGUCUGAGAAACCUGUUUCGCCUUGCACUGAGUGCAUUUUUUUAAAAUUGGAAAGCUCGGGUAUCGGGAGUGCACGUAAUCCAAAAGUGGGUGUGAUGUCUGCAUGAUUUUUCUGCGGUAAAAACCUUGCGGCCAAGUAGACUGGGCUCAUGAUCAUUGAUAGCAACCUGCACACCUAGGCAAUAUAAAAAUGUAUUUAAUCCACACACAGACAAAACGUGGUCACAAACCAAUAGUGCCUUGAGCCAUUAAAGGGUUAAAGCAAGAAAACUACUCAUCAGAAGCCUGUUUUGUGUGUUACUUGGAGGUUGGACGUGAAGAAAUAAAAUCCGUUAGGCAUGGGCUUUACAGAUUUACCUGGUAACUCAUUUCCUGUACAUUAAUAAUUCAUGGCACGCUAUAAUUAGACUGUCUGACAGGUCUACACUGCCGCUUCUGUCAGGUGGGAAGGGAGCAAACUGGAGCAUGAGAAUCGCUUGCGUCAUUCAUGCUCCAGCGCUCUGCGUGGCUGGUACCUUAGACUGCUGCGUGUAUCAUACCUUCUUUUUCUAUAUAUAAUCUGUAAAUCUUUUCUGUCAUUAUAUAUAUAUAUAUAUAUAUAUAGAUUGAUUUUCUAUUUGUAUAUAAAGUAAGUAUAUAUUCUAUUUCUCAUGAUGCUUUAGGACAUUAGGCAGAGAUGUAACACUCAACAGGCAGGUCCCACAGCAGAAUCUGGUAAGGGACGGUAACUCUGUCGAGCAGAUGAGCUGCUUACCGCCUAUAGCCUAGAACACCCUAAUGACCGUCUACACAGACAUAGCCUGGUAGAAUCAAACUUCUACAGCGGGAACUGAAAGUCCUAAGCAGAGGCUAGUGUGACUCUUUUAGCACAUGGGACACUGCGUAUAAGUCGACAGUCUGGUCUGGCGUAAUGACUGCGUGAUAAAGCCCCACAAUCUUGUAAGCUAAUGCUAAAAUCAGUGUCAUUUUACUGACCCUGCACAUGAAUAACAUUGUAUAGCCAAUCCUUCUGCUGUGAUUCAUUCUUACACACUGAGAAGAUUGCAAUAAAGGUUUAUUUUAAAAAAAAA